GCAUCGGCGGCUUCUCCUUAUAGAUGGGGUCGCAAACCUCAUCGCAGUGUUGCGUUGGUUGCCUCCGUCGAGGCAACCAGUGUCAGCGAGUAGCGAUAGUUGCCUCUGUCGCGGCAACUAUUAUCAGCGCGAGUACCGUCAACCGGGGUGGCUUUAGGAAAAUUUGGGGUUACUUUGAUGGUAUUAGAACGGUUUUAAAAUUAACAUUAUUCAUUAUUUACUGAAACUGUCUUUGUAACUAGUUAGAUCAAUUCUUGUAAAUCCACCAUAGAAAAUCGCGAAUUUACAUAGAGUUUAAAACAGAAUUUUCAAAGUUGCUCCUGCAUUUUAAAGUCACCCUGGUCGGCCGUAGCGACAGAAGUGUUUUAGAGACCAUGGUUUACGAUUGAAAUAACUCACCUCCUAAAUCCAAAAUGGCCGUCAUCAAGACAAGCCUGAUCCUGCUCGUUGUGGCUUGUGCGCUCAUUGCCAACACGGAAGCUAUCAACAACUGGGUCCGCGUCCCGCCGUGCGACCAGGUAUGCAGCCGCAGUAGCGCCGAGAAAGACUCGUGCUGCCAGGCGCAUGGGCACGCCUUCCACGCCAACUGUAAUGGCGGCAUGAAUUGCUAUAGGCGAUGAGCGAUAGUCACAAACUAAUAACAAGUUCCACUCUAACCAAACUGUGCCUGAUUUGAUAUGAAAAUGACUGUAAAAUGGCAAUUAUGGCAAUAAAUAAUUUUUAGUUUAA